AUGUAUUUAUUAACUGAAUGUAGUCCUGAAAAUUUACUGAACCGGACCAUAACACUAUCUAUCUAUCUAUCUAUCUAUCUAUCUAUCUAUCUAUCUAUCUAUCUAUCUAUCUAUUCUCAUUUUCUACAGACCUUUGUCAUUCCUUUCUUAUCUAUCUAUCUAUCUAUCUAUUCUCAUUUUCUACAAACCUUUGUCAUUCCUUUCUUAUCUAUCUAUCUAUCUAUCUAUCUAUCUAUCUAUCUAUCUAUCUAUUCUCAUUUUCUACAGACCUUUGCCAUUCCUUUCCUAUCUAUCUAUCUAUCUAUCUAUCUAUCUAUCUAUCUAUCUAUCUAUUUCUACAAACCUUUGUCAUUCCUUUCUUAUCUAUCUAUCUAUCUAUCUAUCUAUCUAUCUAUUCUCAUUUUCUACAGACCUUUGUCAUUCCUUUCUUAUCUAUCUAUCUAUCUAUCUAUCUAUCUAUCUAUCUAUCUAUCUAUCUAUCUAUUUCAAAAUUUAAUCUAUCUAUCUAGAAAUUUAAUCUAUCUAUCUAUCUAUCUAUCUAUCUAUCUAUCUAUCUAUCUAUCUAUCUAUGAAUGGUUUUGCCUAAAAAUAUCUACAAAAAUAAUCUAUCUAUCUAUCUAUCUAUCUAUCUAUCUAUCUAUCUAUCUAUCAGUACCUAAUAUUUUUCUUUUCCGUCUCAUUAUUUUUUCUCCCCGACCAUGUUUCCCACUCCUAUUCCCCCAUUACUUCCGUUUAGAUAACAUCAACAAAGCCGAGAUCGAUGAAAUUCUAACGGAUGAAACGCGCCACAAAAACUUUUUUCCAAUUUGUCAUACGAUUUUUCUAAAUACCGCUUGUUAUUAUAUCGUCAUGUCAUAUCUAUCUAUCUAUCUAUCUAUCUAUCUAUCUAUCUAUCUCACUCGGUUCAUAUCUAUCUAUCUAUCUAUCUAUCUAUCUAUCUAUCUAUCUAUCUAUCUAUUACGAAAUAUACAUAUCUAUCUAUCUAUCUAUCUAUCUAUCUAUCUAUCUAUCAAGAAAUAUACAUAA